UUUUCUUGAAAAUAUUUAAUUUCCACCGGCUUGAAAACACGAAGAAUAUGAAGAGAACGGUAGAAAAUGAGGUUGUGAUUGUUGGAGGUGGUAUAUGCGGCCUUGCAACAGCCCUCGCCCUUCAUAGGAAGAGAAUUAGAAGUUUGGUGUUAGAAAAAUCAGAGAAGUUACGUGCUACAGGAGCAGCUAUAAUUGUUCAAGCUAAUGGUUGGCAUGCCCUUGAUCAGCUUGGUAUUGGUUCAACACUUAGACAAACUGCCAUUGCAAUACAAAGAGGAAUGUUCACAUCACUUAGCGAGAAGGAGCCAAAGGAAUUAGCAUUUGGGAUUAAUCAAGAAUUUCGGUGCUUAAAGCGCACUGAUUUGAUCAAAGCCAUAGCCAAUUGUUUGCCUAUGGAAACUAUAAGGACUGGUUGUGAAGUACUUUCCAUAGAAUUAGAUCCAGUAACAAGGUAUCCACACCUUAUGCUUAGCAAUGGAACUAUCCUUCAAGCCAAGGUUGUAAUUGGAUGUGAUGGAGUGAAUUCUACCAUUGCAAAUAUGGUUGGGCUACACCAAACGAAGCUAUUGCGUUUCUCUACAUGUGUUGCUCGUGGCUUCACAAAGUACCCAAAUGGUCAUCAAUUUGCUAGUGAGUUUGCUCUGAUUAGUAGAGGUCAAAUCCAACUCGGAAGGAUCCCAGUCACUCACAACCUUGUUUACUGGUUUCUAACGAGACCCACCACUUCUCAAGAUUUGGGAACUGAUGUUCAACCUACAAAAGCAGAUUCAAUAAUUUCAAAAGAUCUACCUCUUAUUAGACAAUCAUUAGUAGAAUCAAUGGAGGGUUUCCCAAUACUUACAAUAGACAUGAUACGUAGUUGCAAGUUGAACUCUUUGCAUCUCACAUAUGACUUGAAGUAUCGACCACCAUGGGAUUUGCUACUUAACAACUUCAAAAAAGGUACAAUUGUAGUUGCUGGUGAUGCAAUGCAUGCCACUGGUCCAUUCAUUGCACAGGGUGGCUCAGCUUCCAUUGAAGAUGCAAUUGUUCUUGCUAGAUGUCUAGCACAAAAGAUGCACAAUUCAACAAAGGUGAUAAUAGACCACAAUGUUAUUGAAGAAGCAUUUGACAAAUAUGUUAAAGAAAGAAAAAUGAGAAUCUUUUGGCUCUCUUUACAUACUUUCCUUGUUGGGAAGAAACUUGAUACAAAAUCAUUGAUGGUCAGAGCUGUAUUCCUUGCAAUCAUGUUUGUUCUAUUUAGAGAUCCAGACUGCCAUUCACGGUAUAACUGCGGAACUUUACAUCAUGAGGAAGAAGAUUAACAUUACACAUGAUUUCAAAUAUAAUCUUGUCCUACAUAUGUAUUAUUGAGUUUAUUAGCAUUUCAAUU